UACUCUGGGUUUUUUUUCAGUUCCUGGUGCAACAUCCCAGCUCAAACCCCCUCUGCACUCCCAGUGAGCCCAGAGACAUCUAAACUAAUGGAGUCUUUCAGAGGAGCCAUUCAAUAAAUGCAGUUCAUCUUGAUAACCCAGUCAAUUGCCAGAUAAGAAGUACAGUUAAUUAAAAAGUCUUUAAGAAGUCAAGAUGGCAGAAAGCCACGGUUCAAGUUCCAGUUCCAGUUCCAGUUCGAACAUCCCUUCCAAGAGGGCCAAAAUCAGCAUUGACCACGUUCCAGAAAAUGGGGCUAAUAUCCGAGAACCAGCAGCACCGGUUUUUGUGCGUAAGCUCCGUAAAGCAGCAGUGGGAACAGGUUGUGAUAUCCGACUGAGGGUGUCAGUGCUGGGGCGUCCAACACCUUUGCUGGCCUGGUACCGCAACGAUGAGCUCUUAUCUCCAUCGGAAGCCCAGGACUCGGGCGGUCUCUGGAUACGAGACUGUCGCACAAGUGAUGCUGGCUUGUACACCUGCGUGGCAACCAAUGAGCUGGGAGAGGCAAGGUGCAGUGCUGUCUUGGCCGUCAUGGACCUCGGCGAAGACUCUGAGACCACAGAGGAUGAGACCACAGAACCUCAGAUGGAAACCAAAGAAGGGCCCGGGAGGCACCAUGACAAGGCUGGCCGGAAAGGACCUUCAGGUGAGGGAGGAAGGGUGAUGGACUACAAUCCCGAUGCUUCAGAUCGCAGGGCCACCCUCCCCGGCACCUAUGACCCUGUAGUGGAGCGAGAGCUCCGCACUCUGGGUUCCCGACCUCCAGGGCCCCAUUUGGAUCCCACAAACCCAGCAAGGCUUCAAACUGCUGAUGAAUCACAGGGCCUGUCCUCCUAUGUCCCCCUGUCUUCCCCCCAGCCACCUCUUACCACGCACAAAAACAGCAUCAGCACACAAAAACAAGACUCGGGCAAAGUCAAACCUUCAGAUCCUCAAACUUCUAAUACGGGCCAGUCAUCUGGCACCAACAGUGCAGUUAUGACGCCCAAACUGGCUCGUGCAGGACCCAAGAUCUUUGACAAGGUCCUUGCCUUUGAGGAGCGAUGGGCGAGUGUGGAUCUGCCACGAGGGGCAGCUUCCUUUGACUCAGAUGAGAGUGGAAAGAAGACAGGAGGCCCGAGCAAAGAUGAGAGUCGAAUACUGCAGGGCGCAGCCCAGAAGAGAGCGGUAUUCAAGCAGAGGGCCUCUUCAUUAGAGGACAAGACAAACUACUCCCAGAGGAUCCAGAAUUACCAGAGCAAGUUCACAGAAGAGCUCCAGCGGAUCAAGAAGCUUGUGGGGAAACCAAGCUUGAAGAAGGCAUAUUCCACUGAGCAGCUGUCACAGAAAGACAGGCUGCACACGGGGAAAGUAGAACCCAUUCCUGCCCAAGUGGUUAAAAAGUUAGAGGCGAGGGAGCGAGCCCUGGAGGAAGGAAAAGUUGGGGAGAGGGAGGGGGGCAGCAUAUGGAAGAAUUCUCCGCAGGCCCAAGGCAAAGACCCGGGGAAUCAGAGCAGCAGCCCCGAAAAGGAAAAGAUGACACAGUCAGAUUUGCACGGGAAACCAGUAGAUAGCGCAAGGAAAAUCUCUGUUACCACGGCAACGCCACCAGUUCACCAGUUACCAGGACAACCAUCGCCAAUAGCUACAAAGACGAGCCUAAUCAGGGAAACCCUACAAAGCUCUCUGGCAGCUGACAAAGACACACUUGUUAACACAUCCCACAAAUCUUCAUCCUCCUCCAGAGUUGAUUCAAAGAGAGACACCAACAUGAACAACAAGGCGGACCACCGAUCACCAGGCCCAACAGGGAAGAGAGCAUCCCCAGUAACUGUAAGGGAACCAGGACCCCAGUUCCCACCCAAGCCUCCUCGGCUCACCCCAUCACCCAAUCCUUCCAUCAGCCCGCUCCUAAAACGAAGGAAGGCGGAGGUGGGGCGGACAUCUCCGGCCAUGAAAGUGAACAUCCCCACCAUCCUGGUGGAGGAUGAACCCAUGGAGACAGAAAGUGUUCCACACAGGAGCAACGAGGGAAGCAAGAGGGAGGGCAGAGUACACAAGAGCAAAAAAGGCCGUUCUGCUCAACGGAAGUCUGCAGACGAAGGCGGUUCUUCCGAUGACUCUUACCUGUCUGCUGAUGAUGAGCCAGCUGAGGCCCCGAGGUUUGAGAAGCCUCUUGAGGACACCACCGCACCCAGUGCCUCUGAGGUCACACUGCAAUGCAUCAUCACUGGCAGCCCAACCCCUACUGUGACAUGGAGGAAGAAUAAUAUGGAGAUCCGGUGUGACGCGCUCCAUGUGGUUAAAGCUGAGGGCGAGAAGCAUAGUCUGGUGAUAAAGGAGAUGAGGCUGAGCAAUGCGGGGUCAUAUUGCGUCACGGCUGUCAACGCAGCGGGCAGAGCGUCAUGCAGUGCGACGCUCUACAUUCAGUCAGAGCCGACCCACACGCAAUGUGGGAAAUCUGCUGUAUCUCUGGAAAUCAGCAGUCCAAUCCAGUCAGAUGAGGAGUACCUGAGUCCUCAGGAGGAGGUGAUGGAGGUCGGAGGCUCACUUCCUCACCAUUUAAAAGAGCGUCUCUCAUUUCAGGUGGCACCAUGUGACCAGGCGGUAACCGAGGGUCAAGAUGUUGUCAUGUCAGUGAAAGCCAGAGGCCAGCCCAAACCCAUGGUUUACUGGCUGAAGGACAGAGUCUCGGUGAAGACAGCAGGGCGCUUCACUGUGCAAGAGAUGGAAGAUGGCACCAGUGAAAUGAGGAUUGGCUCGGCUCAGAGGUCAGAUGCAGGGCUGUAUGCUUGCAGGAUCAUCAACGAGUAUGGAAGCAAACAGGCAGAGUGCAGACUGGAGGUCAGAGCACAAACGGCGUUGACGAUCACCAGGGAGGUAAAAGACGCAGCAGUGAGGGCUGGAGAAUCAGCCGUGUUUGAGUGUCACAUCACGGGACCUCCAGAUGUGGACGUGGACUGGCUGUCCAGGGGGAAGCUGAUCCAGCCUGCACUGCUCAACUGUAAGAUGCACUUUGACGGAAAGAGGUGCCGUCUCAUGCUAAAUUCAGUACAUGAAGACGACAGUGGGACAUAUACUUGCAAGCUGAGCACUGCCAAAGAGGAGCUGACCUCGAGUGCAAAACUGAUCGUCACGCCGUCCAAGGAGCCUCUGUUUACACGAAAGUUGGACAUCCUGGAGGUCAUCGAAGGACGCACGGCACGGUUUGACUGUAAGGUGAGCGGAUCGCCUGCUCCAAGAGUCACAUGGAUGCAUUUUGAGUCACAAGUGGAGGAGAGUGAUAACAUUCACAUCCUUCAAGAGGGGGGUCGUCACUUGCUUGUCAUCACCCACGUUGGCAGUGACACAGAAGGAUUUUACACAGCAGUUGCUCAAAACAUUCACGGAAAGUCUGAAUGCACUGCUGAGCUGUACGUGCAAGAACCCCGAGCUGCCAUCUCCUCUCACAUGUCCAAGUUGGAGAAGAUGCCGUCCAUCCCAGAGGAACCUGAAGUGUUCGACAACGAGGUGGAGAAGAGGACCAUGCCGGACUUUGUGCAGCCUCUGGCUGAUGUGGAAGUGAUUGAAGGGAAGGAGGCGGUGCUGAAAUGCAAGGUGGCGGGCCUGCCAUACCCAACUAUUGCCUGGUAUCACAACAGCAGGCGCAUUGAGAACAGCGAGGAGCGCAAAAUGACUCAGUACAGGGAUGUCCACAGUCUGAUCAUUCGGAGCACUUGUCAUGCUCACGGAGGUGUUUACAAGGCUGUCAUCUCCAACAAAGUGGGCAAAGCAGCCUGCUAUGCUCAUCUGUAUGUUACAGAUAUUGUUCCUGAUCCUCCUGAUAGGCCCCCGGUGAUUGAGGCCAUUACAGGAAAAACUAUAACCCUCAGCUGGAAGACACCAAAGAGACUCGACCCUUCACUUGAUGCUGGCUCCUUGGUGUAUGUGGUCCAGCAGCAGCCUCUGGGCUCCAUCCAGUGGUCUGUUGUGGCAUCAAACCUGAGGGAGACAAACUACACCGUCACCUCGCUGUCAAAGGGAGUCCGCUAUGCUUUCAGAGUCCUAGCAUCCACUGGGAAGAUGCUUAGCAAGCCAUCGCCUGCCACUGAUCUAGUCCAGCUGCUGGACAGAGGACCGUACUUGAGGAAAGCGCCGAUAAUUAUGGACAAGCCAGAAGUUGUGUACGUGGUUGAGAACCAGUCUGCCAACAUCACCAUCACGCUGAACCAUGUGCAUGCAGCUGUCACCUGGAAAAAGAGGGGCGUGGUGCUGGUCAGUAAGCCGGGGAUGUGCGAGAUGAGCAUGCCGGACGAUGAUCAACACACCCUGAAGCUGCAGAGGGUCAGGAGCACGGACAUCGGUCAGCUGGUGGUCACGGCCAGCAACCAGUUUGGCAGCGACCUGUGCACACUUCAGCUGGCCAUGGCAGUGCCUCCCAAAUUUGAGACCAUAAUGGAGGACGUAGAUGUGCAAGUCGGGGAAACAUGUCAUCUGGCUGUUGUGGUCGAAGGAAAGCCAGAUCCGGAUAUUCUGUGGUUUAAGGAUGAUGCGCUCCUCUCGGAGAGCAGCCACUUCACAUUUGUUUACGACGACCCAGAGUAUUCACUUGUCGUCCUGAACGCUCAGCCCGAUCACUCCGGCGUGUACACCUGCACUGCCAAGAACCUGGCCGGGUCCAACUCCUGCAAGGCCGAGCUCACAGUUCAUACAGAGCGAAAAGAAGCAGAAGAGCCAAUGGAGGAUGAGGGAACCAUUCUGAGGAAGAUGAGGCGUUUGACAGAUUACUAUGACAUCCACAAAGAGAUAGGGAGGGGGGCCUACUCCUAUGUGAAGAGAGUAACUCGCAAGAACGGAAAGACCGAGUUUGCUGCCAAAUUCAUUUCUGCUCGUGGAAAGAGGAAAGCCUUGGCUCUCAGAGAGAUGGAGCUUCUGUCUGAGCUGGAUAACGAGAGGAUUCUCUACUUCCAUGACGCCUUUGAGAAGAAGAACGUGGUGGUGCUUAUCACAGAUUUAUGUCACGAGGAGUUGCUGGAAAGAAUGGCCAAGAAAACAACAGUCAUGGAACUGCAGAUCCGCAGCAGUGUUCAGCAGGUUUUGGAGGGUCUUCGCUAUCUCCACCAAAAAAAUAUAGCUCACCUCGACAUAAAGCCAGAAAAUAUUUUGAUGGCAAGUCCAGGGAGUGAUCAGAUCCGCAUUUGCGACUUCGGGAAUGCCAUUAAAUUGGAGACUUCAGAGGAGCACUACUGCAAAUACGGCACUCCAGAAUAUGUCGCUCCAGAGAUUGUUAACCAAACUCCAGUUUCCACAGCAACAGACAUAUGGCCUGUUGGUGUCAUCACUUACCUCUGCCUGACCGGCGUGUCACCUUUUGCGGGCGAGAAUGACAAAGCCACUGCUUUAAACAUCAGGAACUACAAUGUGGCGUUUGAGGAGAGCAUGUUUUCUGACCUCUGCAAAGAAGCAAAAGGAUUUGUCAUCAAGCUUUUGGUGGUGGACAGACUGAGGGCAAGUGCCAUCGAGUGCCUUCGUCAUCCUUGGUUCAAGUCACCAACAAACAAAAGCAUCAGCACAGCUAUGCUAAAACAAGUUUUGGCUCGAAGGCGAUGGCAGCGUUCCCUCAUCAGUUAUAAAUCCAAAAUGGUGAUGCGGUCCAUCCCUGAGCUCCUAGAUGACUCAAGCAGCCAUGUCUCCAUUGCUGUGGCCCGGCAUUUAAAAGAAGGCUCCCCGCUACCCUCCUCUUCGUCUGAUUCAGAUGCAGAUGUGGAUGAGCUUCCCUUUAUUCCUAUGCCACUGUCCAUGGUUUUCUCGGGUUCCAGGGUCUCCCUCAAUGAGAUCCCGGGGGAUGUAGAUGUUACGGGACGGCACGGUUUCAUUGCAGAUGGGACAAGGAAAAAGGAAAGCAUAGGUGCAAAUAAUAGAGGAGGGACUACUAAAUGCAUAAAAGAUGAAGACAUAACCCCAAAUGAGGUGCAAACAGAAAAUAUAAAACGAGCUCUCUUGAAAAAAGGAUCAAGUGUGGAGUCAGACGAAUGCCAGACAAAAGCCAGGCGGUCUACAAUGAGGAGGGGGAGUUCUGCCGAUUCAGCGCUGCUUCUCCACAUUGACCCAGAAGAAGAAAGUGCAGAAAAGGAAUUAGAAGAAAGAAACAAGAGUUUGAAAAAGGCUGUUUCCAUGGAACUACCCAAUCGCAGUCCAAGCCCUGGGGCUACAAAUUUAAGCCAGGAGGAUUACGCCCUAAAACUGGAACUGAUGAGACAACGGCUGCUCAGAGGAGGAAACGUGGACAAAAAUAUGAGUGGCCUUCGAGGGCCCCUUUUUGAAACACUCGGCAUUGAAGAUGAGAGGCAAACAGGAUCCCUUGAUCGGAAUUUGAGGAGAUCAAGAACUGGGCCGUCAACCCUCGUCAGAGCAGCUUCCUCUGAGAGUCCAGGAGAAGACACGCCAAAGACCAAAGUUUUUCGCAAAAGUACCUCUUUCACUCAGGGGGAUUCUGAGCCCAUGCCCCUGCACCGAAGGUUUGGAGCCCCCUUAGAGAUACCAUCUGUGGGUAGUUCUAGCAUAGUAGGGAAGAAGCUCCAGGAGGCAACUUCGAUGUCUGCACUAACAGAAGACACAAAAGCAUCAUUUGCAGGGCAGUCUCAAACAUCUGACAAACCCCAAUCCAAGGAUCCUUCUACUAUAGCCAAAACAAAGUCUGCAGAUGCAUCUUCAUCCCCGGAACAUCCAGCAGUAUUUGCCAAAGUAGCAACACCUGAGCGAUCUCCAGGUUCUGUCUCUUCUUCAUCAAACCCAGACCUUCCUUCCAUCCCUCGCCAGCUUAUUCUCAGAACAGACAUCAAAGACAUUGACUCAGAGGAGCUCUUUGAAGCGAGGUUUAAAAAGCGAGAAUCAUCUUUGACCCGUGGCCUCAAAAAACUCACCAGAAACAAAUCGGAGGAGAAAUCGCCUGUAUUAAGUAGAAAAGCAAAUGAGGGGGCUGAAGAGAUUUAUAGGCCUGCACCAAGAGGGGCGCCUCUAGAAAUGGUAUCGUCAGGACUUAAGGAGAAAUCGAAAUCUGUUCAAGAUUUAAGAAGAGAUGACCAAGAAACAGGCCUUGGUUUAAUUGGAAGGUUUUCCUUGCGGGCCAAGAGGUCACCAUCCACUGAGAAGAAGGUUCAGAAAUCACAAGAAGAUAAGCAACCCAAUGUGCAGGAAACGGCUAAAAACAAGAGAGUGUCUUGGGCUGUUGGUCGCAGUAAGUCUUUGGAUACAAAGGAACUGAAUGGUGGAGGGACACAGAAGAAUGUGGAUGACAGGGAGCGAGGAAAAGCUGAGGAGUCGUCUGUAUCUGCCAUGAGGCGUAAGUUUGAGUCCAAAGUGGCAGGAAUCUCUGCCAAACUAAGGACUCAGUCAGAGGAGAGGAACAAUAAAGACACAGAGAAGGAGCUGGCUCAAGGGGAUUUAAACAAGGUCACAGACUCUCCUGUCCUGGCAAUGAAACAGAGGUUUGAGAACAAAGUGGCAGGAAUAUCUGCAAAAAUACGCAGUCAGUCUGAAGAGAGAAAAGGAGAUUCAGAGGGAAAGCGCACACCCCUGUUUACCCGCCACCGUCACUCUCAGUCUGAGGGCCGCGGACUCAAAGGAAUGGGUAUCCCUGAGAAUCAGCUAGCAAAACAAACUGGCGCAUCAGGGUCUAAGGAAUCAGUUGAAUCCACUUCUAGUAUCCAUUCUGAGAGUGAGAGAAGGUCACGGUGGGACAGGUGGGGUUUGACAAGGGGCAAGAAAGACAAAACGCCGUCCCAAUCUGAUUUGCCCUCAAGCGUCCCCAUAGAAGAGACAAAAAGCCAACAGUUUGUCCGCUCUGCUUCAGAUUUUGCUCCAGUGUUUCACAUCAAAUUGAAAGACCACGUCCUGCUGGAGGGGGAACCUGUCACUCUUAGCUGCCUUCCAGCUGGUAGCCCACAACCACAAAUUACAUGGAUGAAAGAUCGGAAACCACUGGAGGUGGAUGACAGAGUCAACCUAAUCUCCCACCCAGAUGGAAGACAGCUUGUAAUGAUCAGAAAGACCACCUAUAAGGACGCCGGGGUUUACGAAUGUGUAGCAUCCAACCCCAUAGCUACUAUUACUACCUCCUGUGCUCUUUCCAUAGCUUGUGUCCCCAAACGACCAGGGACCCCUGAAGUUCCUCAGACUUAUAACAACACAGCCCUGGUGCUGUGGAAGCCAUCUGAGACAAAAUCUCCAUGCAGCUACAUUCUGGAAAGAAAAACAGAGGGUGAUUCGAACUGGUUAACUGUAGCCACCGGAAUUGCCGACUGCUACUACAAUGUCACAGACCUGCCACCAGGUGGCACCUUCAAGUUCCGCGUGGCCUGUGUGAACAAGGCCGGACAGGGGCCGUACAGCAACUGUUGUAGCCCAGUUAGCAUGGCGCCCACAGUUGGAGGAGCUUCACCUACCGUUGCUGUUGUAAAGACAGCCCCAACCCCACCUACGCCUGUGAUUACCUCCUCAGUGACAUUCCCUUCACACAAACCAGUCCAAAAUAGCGUUCCCAGAUCAACGGUCUCCACCAUCACCUCCACUUCCUCUACUCCAAAACAUGAAGCCCUCACUGAUGCAUCCUCUCUUCAAUCUGCUUCUCCAUCAUCUAAAAUUGUGGUGACGCCUACCCCUCUAACCUCCUUGCCUUCCGGCCCUUCAACAAACCCUUUGUUGCCAUCUGCAGGUGCAACAGUGGAUGACACACAAAAAAUAAGCCCCACUCUCCCUUCAUCAGCCACCUCCAAAGCAACCUCUCCCUUUGUCCUCCCCAAACCUCAGAGUCCAGUAAAUGUGGUGACUCCUAUGACACAGACUGCAGCUGUAUUACCCCCACCUUCUCUUGUAAACCCACCUUCAACCCCCACAAAACCAACCGUGUCCUCAGUACCCACAUAUGUCCCCACGAUCACUGCUACUGCUCGUGUGGCCCCGACUCCGGUGUCCUUUACACCACAAGUACUACAGACCUCCAGCUUGAGUCCCAUCGGUGAUGGAGCCAGUACCCCCGCCAGAGGCACCCCAUCGGGACGCGCUACACCCUCUACUGCUCUACGACAGGGAGUUCCACAGAAACCGUACACUUUCCUAGAUGAGAAAGCGAGGGGUCGGUUUGGAGUCGUCCGAGAGUGCAGAGAGAAUGCGACGGGUAAAAUCUACAUGGCAAAGAUCAUUCCCUACAUUCAAGAGAACAAGCAGGAGAUCCUGAAGGAGUAUGAAAUCCUGAAAUCUCUUCACAAUGAAAAAGUCAUGGGUCUCCACGAAGCCUACAUCACACCACGCUACCUGGUGCUGGUGGCAGAGUACUGCACUGGCAAAGAGCUGCUAUACAGCCUUAUAGACAGGUUUCGUUACUCUGAAGACGAUGUGGUGGGAUACCUGGUCCAGAUUGUCCAGGGGGUCGAGUACCUCCACAACCGCCGCAUCCUCCAUCUGGACCUCAAGCCUGACAACAUCAUGGUGACCAACCUCAACGCCAUCAAGAUUGUGGACUUGGGGAGUGCGCAGACCUUCAACCCCCUCAGCCUCAAGCAGCAGGAAUCAGGACCAGGAACGCUGGAGUACAUGGCUCCUGAGAUGGUGAAAGGCGAAGUGGUUGGUCCUCCUGCAGAUAUUUGGACUGUUGGCAUUGUCACCUACAUUAUGCUUAGUGGUCACCUCCCCUUUGAAGAUAAGGACCCUCAGCAUGUUGAAUCCAAAAUCCUGAUGGCCAAGUUUGACCCAACGAAACUGUACCCAAAUGUGUCUCAAAGUGCCUCUGCAUUUCUCAAGAAGAUGUUGAGCAGUUACCCAUGGGCCCGCCCGACUACAAAAGAUUGCUUCACACUUGCCUGGCUGCAGGACUCCUACCUGAUGAAGCUCAGGAGACAGACUCUCACCUUCACCUCCAGCCGACUUAAAGAGUUCCUGGUGGAACAACAAAGCCGUCGCACAGAGGAAGCCACCAAGCACAAAGUGCUGUUGCGGACCUACCAGAGCUCCCCUCAGUCCCGGGCAUCUGGGACUUCUCCGCAUGUUCCCAGCCCAAAGUGAGGUGACAGUAAAGAAGCCACACUGAAAUAAAAAAAUCGGAGCUCGUUGCAUCUUAAUACGUCCUCCGUGAACCACCGCUGUAACCGAAGCAGACAGCCUCGAUUCAACAACAGCGGGAUUCUUACGUCAAAGAAAAUCCCAGUGAAGGAGAAGCCGACCGCUGUGAUGUGAAUCCACGACGUGCAAACUGCUAAUUCACAAGAAGGACACGAGAUUUCUUUUCUUUGAUUGCACAGUUUCUCAGUCACAUUGUGGUUUCCGAAAUUGCACAUCAAUAUUCAGUUUAGCCUCGGUCUCCACUCUGCACGAUCAGUCUGGAACAUGUGUACCAUGAAUACUUUUACCUUGUUUAUGCCACUAAGUUUAGUAGUAGUAAACAACUCAUGUGAAUGUACCAUGAUUUAAGCUGCUAUCUUAUGUAUUUUUUGCAUUUAGCCACACAUUUUAAAACCCAACCAAAAAGAUGUUUGGGGUUUGCUUUUCUUUUCUUUUCUUUUUCUUUUUUGUCAUUUGGAAAUUGUUUACUUUUUUCCAUGUUAAUUUAUUUGCAUGUGCGUAUGUGUGAGUGUGUGCGCGCCUGUGUGAGUGUGUGCAUGACCAUUUUUGACUCACUUUUUUUGAAACUAGCAUCAUGGCGACAAAAAAAAGGAAAAAAGAAAAACUAAAAAUAAGGGGUGUCUUUGUGGUUUGUGUCAUACAGUAAACAUGAAUUGAUUUAGGGUGAGUUAGGAAUAUCUAGUAAAAUUUCUUGUUCUGUGGUUAAAACUUAACUUUUAACUGUAAUACAGCGAUGGAAAAGGUCCUUAAUGUAGAUAACAUUUUAUUCUGAGAAGUCACACACUGGUAAAUUACUGUGGUGUCAGUAUUACCCAACGGCUGAUCAGGUUACCUCAUUCCUAAUCAGCCUGUCACCAGUGCCUAAAUCAGGUUGACAUCCAAAAUGUUUAACUUGUAUAUGUGUCUCCACUGGUUUUAAUCCACAUUUGAUCAAAGUAAAUAUUUGAUCACAAUAUCUGGACUUUAUAGCCAAACGCACAUGCACAGAGAUUCUUACAUGCUGAGGUUUAUACAUGCAUACAUACACACAGUACAUGCCGUCCUUGUAAUAAUAGACCGUCUUGUGUAUUGCUCUAUCACAGUGUUCCUUUUUUGUAUGAAUUUGGAUGGUUGAAGAUUUGUAAAUGUACCAAUUUGCGGUGUUUAUAUGUGGAAAAAGUUGAAAAUGUUUUUAUGAGAUGGUAUGUAAUAAACUAUUGAUACAAUCGGGAA